UUGUCAAUUUUGACGUAAUGAUUUUAUAAGCGAUUUUAAUAUUCAACACCCUUUUUAUAUUUAACAAUUUGCAGUUAUUUUAGUUUGCAAAAAUUCGUUUCUUAGCUGUGUAGCAUGAAAAUUUCAAGUUGAUAAUGGACGACGGUUUUAAGAUAAAUACCGAUAAACGUCACAGGAGUUCCAGCAGCCUCGCUGGAUGCUUGGAUAAUGUUCGUUCUGAAAAAAAAUUGGAUAUUAGGGGUUCAAUACCGGAAGUUGAUGACCAGUUUGCAUUAGCUGAAGCUCGAUGCGACGAUUUAAGAGAAAAAAUUGAUUUAGUUAAAAUGCUUAAGAGGAAAAAGAAAUUAAAGAAACGCAGCAUGACAACGAUCGCAGAGCCAACUUUGAUGUGCGGCACCACCGACAAUUAUCCACUUAUAUCUGUUAGCACUCAGCCUAAAAAAACGCUUUUGGUUACAGAGUUGACACAGCAAGCAGCGAGGUUAGGGCGUAUCGAGUUGCCGCAAAACAGUAACCCCAUGCGCGGUUACCUCGAUCCAGAUCUGGUUGAACAGCAUCACAUGUUAAACCGUGUUAAUAACCACAAAUAUAACGCUCAUAAAUCCACGAGACAACCCAAGAUGAAAGUGAAUCGAGCGAGUCCAGAAAACGGAACACUUGAACCACGAUCGCAUCUACGUAGAACGUGUGCUGAUGGCGAUACAAUGUGUGGUAAAGGUGUUCAAAUAAGCAUGAAGAAUAUGCCUCAAGAGGUUGCAUGCGGUGAUGACGAGCUGUCUGGCCACACGGAGGAAGACGUAUUCAUGUGUGCCAAUGAUAUAUGUGCAAGGCCAAAACUCAACUCCAGGGGGCACGUUGAAUCGCGCGACCAAAGUAAGCAAAGCUCAGGAAAUCGACGCAGACACGUUCCAAAAGAACCUUUUACAGAAACAGCUUCGCCUCUACGUUGGCCAGAGGAUACUCAAGAACGAUGGCGUGGGUCGCGUUCGCCAUUAAAUCGUCAACGUCAGAGCAAUCAACAACAUAGCCAUAUUGCUAACAAUAUAAAUGAAGUGGAAAGCAGGCCAGUUGUGGAGUUAUUCAAUAAAAAUCGCCCAACUUCCGCAUCCUGGCCGCGUCAAGAAAAUAAUAUCAGAGAAACGAAAAAUCACAAAGCUCGCUGCUCUGCGGCGUGCCAGGAAGAUAUGAAUAAUAUGAUUCCUUCGGAAGACGUAAUGACCAAACCGAGAAAAAAGGUUCGACGUGUAAAGUACCAAAGUCGGCGGUACGAGUUGCCAACAGUUUCAUCGCAAAUGAAACAGGCGGGUAUGCGCUACUACUAUGGAGACACCAACCACACCAACAUACCUUUCGUGGUCAGCAAGAGUACGGCGCCCUCACAUAACGUUGGUGUGAACAUUCAACAGGUUUUAAAUGGUUUGAAAAUGCAACAGCCUCUAUCGGGGAUUCCGCUCACCAUUGCGCAUCACAUGGGUUUACGCCACAUCCCUACGUAUGGUGCAAGGAAUUCUACAGAACAACCGGUACUACACAAAAGCGAGAUCAACGUGAUCAAACUCGGCCACCGGAUGGUUAGGCUGCCGUCCUUCAAGUGCAUGUCCUACAACCGUCUUCUAGCCUUGUACCGCGAGGGGGAGGGAAUCGUGCCGCGUUUCCUGAACGCUGUUAGCCGCCCUCAUUACUUUUACACUUCCAUGUAUGACCUGGCAACUAAACGCGAAGAUUUCGAUGCGGCCACGUCUAAGGGAUGUGGUGGAAGCCAAGAGGCGAAGCAAAAUCUCGCUGAAUAUGCAAACUUGUACCGGGAGUAUGAACGCAUUGAAAAAAGCCUUAAUGACCACUACGACCCUGACCUGGAAAUGCGAAAAAAGGAGUUAGCAAGGCAACUUACUGAGCGCGAAGAUUACAUACGAAAGGUUGUUCAAGAAUAUAAACCUGGUUCAGACACGGAGCCGACACUCCGCGCUUCUGCUUCCACGGCUGAUGAUGCAUACCGACACUCUACUUUCAAACUCAAUUCAAACGACCCCAAAUAGCCCCAUAUUAAUAAUAAUUAUCUGGCGAAAAAUCGAAAUUUUGUGUUCCUUCAAUAAUUAUAUUUAAAUAACACGAUAUUUUUCAAAGUAUGUCAUCUUUUUCAAGUAUUUGAAAAAUAUUAUUUUGAAAAAGUUUUUAACCCGACGAUUAAUUACCCUACUUGUUGAACACUAAGAACAGUUCGAUAAACGAUUUGGAAGAUUUAAAAUCGACAAGGGACUUAAGGGAUAAUGGAUAGGAUGUCCUAUGAAUAUAAUAUAUUAUGACCUUUUCUAUGAA